AUGGCGCGUCUAGGGGGAGUAAGUUCAUAUGGAUAUUGUUUAAGGGAUGAGAAAGGUGAUCUUAUUAGAGCGGAAGGAUUUAAUAUAGAGAGCACGACGAACACAGUGGCAGAAGCAAGAGCUAUACUAGCAGCAAGUAGGCAUUGCAAGCAAGAACAGUAUCACCACGUAAUUAUCCAAACAGAUUCAUUAUUAUUAUGCAAAGUGCUAGAAGAAAAGUGGACAUGCCCGUGGAUAAUAAAUGGAAUAGUAGAAGACACAAAGGAGAGCUUACUAGGCAAACAGUACAGGUUUCAGCACAUAAUGAGAGAAGGAAAUCAACUUGCAGACUAUGUGGCAAACAUGGCUAUAGAAAAAGGAAAUUGCAUAUUCACAGAUUUUCAUAGCAUGGAUGCGUAA